GCUGCCCUUGUCGGUCGCGUGAGGCGCUCCCUUUGUAACAGUCCACAAAAGGCUAAAAAUACAUUGGGUUACUAGGGCAUGUACAGUCGCCCUAAGACGGAUACACCAUGAGUAGGAAGAUGUGGAGUGAGGAUUUAUGCUGGCUGAUGCAUGCUGUAUUUCCCAUCAUUCUCAUGUGUACAUUGCUGCCCCACCUGGCCAGGGGACAGUGUGUCCCCCCGGGAAGUACCCCCGGGCUGCGGGAGCUGGUGCUGGGGAGAUGUACCGAGUACCAGGCCACCGUAAACCCUGCACAGUUCUGUGACAAAGACCAUCAAAGAAAAAACUGCACCGAAAUAACAGAUAAGUUUGUGGCAGCAUUUUCCUAUCAGCCGGCAUGUAACGUGUCGUUCGGUCGCUAUGACAACUUCAUCAAGUCAGCUCAUGGUGACGUCUCUCGCGGCAAGGCGAUGUUCUGGUCGGAUGUGUAUGGCGUCGUCCAACAGUACACCUACCGCGGUCGGCGCGCCAUUGCCAUAGAAGACACACUCAUAGGCUACAUUGGUGACGGGCUGCGAUUCUGUGCUCAGGAAUCCUCUCCGGGUAUAACAUACAACCAGGAAUGUCCAGGAUUUGACCAGACAGAGGGUUGUCCAUAUAAUGCAGAAUUCUCCUUUUGGGCACAAGCGUCCUCAAACUUUGCAUCCAGUGCUUCUGGAGAAGUAAACCUCAUGUUAAACGCAAGUUUGGCUGAGGCGUUCUACAACACGUCUUUCUUUGGAGUGUGGGAGUUACCUAAUUUAAAUUCUAGCAAGGUGACAAAGGUCACUGUUCUACUGGUACACAUUCCAGGACAAACGGUCAGAUCGAAGUGCAGUACUGAGAAUAUCGCUUCAUUACAACGGAGACUUAGAGAGAGAAACAUCGUAUCUGACUGUGUGGACGGUCCGAGGGGCCCUCAAGCUAUGCUAUGUGUUGACUAUCCGGAUGAAGAGGAAUGUAAAGUGAGAGCAUCUACUAGCGGUGCAUCCCUUAACAGCGAUGCGGUGAUGGGACUCGCGAUAUGUAUCUGUGUCAUUUCUUUCGUUCUUUCAUAAGGAAUAAAACUUCUUAAGGAUU